UGGGGUCUAAAAAGUGGGUGGUGAGGGUUAAGCAAUGACAAAGAUAAGUUUAUAGUUGACAAAUAGAAACAUUGAGAUAACGUAAUAGCAUUAUUUUGUAAAUAUUACUUCUAAAAUGUACAAGGCGAUAAGUAUAAGAAUAAUCUAAAAAUAUAUUAAAAAAUAAAUUUUAUAGGCUAUCACGAAACUAGGCUGGAUGGAGCCUACAUUAAUACAAGAAAAAGCGAUACCUCUGUUAUUGGAAGGGAAGGAUCUCUUAAUUAGGGCUCGUACAGGUUCAGGCAAAACUGCUGCCUUUGCAGUACCGCUUAUUCAGAAAAUAUUACUAAAAAAACGAACACAAGAGAGACAGGAGAUUAAAGGUCUAAUCGUUGCACCUAGCAAGGAAUUAUGCAAGCAAAUUCAUGAUGUUAUCAUGAACCUAACGAUAAAGUGCUGUAGGGAAGUCAGAGUGAUUGAUCUUAGUCUACAAAUGGAUUUGAAUUCGCAAAAACUUUUACUAAGCGAAAUGCCAGAUAUUGUUGUGGUUACCCCAGGUCGAUUAUUGCAGCAUUUAAAAGCAAAAAAUUUGAUGCUGAAACAUAGUCUUGAUACAUUAAUAAUCGACGAAGCUGAUUUACUAUUUUCAUUUGGAUAUGAAAAGGACAUAAAAGCUGUGUUAGCUUACUUACCAACGGCAUAUCAAGCAGUUUUGGCGUCUGCCACGUUGUCUGAGGAUGUUCAAACUUUGAAGAAAUUAAUUCUGCACAAUCCUGCAAUUUUAAAACUAGAAGAGCCACCGUUAGCUCCUCCUACACAAUUGGCUCAUUAUACGUUGGCUGCAGAGGAAAAUGAUAAAGCUGCCAUUUUAUAUGCCUUAUUAAAAUUAUAUUUAAUUAGGGGAAAAUCUAUAAUCUUUGUACACACUGUAGAUAGAUGCUACAAAUUGAAGCUAUUCUUAGAGCAGUUUGGUAUUCCAACGUGUGUUUUAAAUUCCGAGUUACCAGCAACCUCAAGAUGUAGAGCGGUUUCGCAAUUCAACAAUGGCGCUUACGACAUUAUAAUAGCAUCGGAUGAGAAAGUCUUAGAAGAGCCACAUGUGAUAAAACCGAAAAAAAGCAAACGAAAGAAAGACAAGGAAUCAGGUGUAGCGCGCGGUAUCGAUUUCCAAUUCGUAUCCAAUGUAAUCAACUUUGACUUCCCAUUGGAUUUGAAUUCUUACAUACACAGAGCGGGACGUACCGCACGCGGGAAGAAUCAGGGAACUGCUCUUAGCUUUGUAGCUAUUAGAGAGAGACCAUUGAUGGAAGAAGUUGAACAGGAAUUGAAGCACACUUACAACUGUGAAAGUCUAUUUAAAACCUAUCAGUUUAAAUUGGAAGAAGUAGAGGGUUUUCGAUAUCGUGCGAAAGAUGCUUGGAAAGCUGUUACAAGGAUUGCCGUUCGAGAAGCGCGAUUGAAAGAAAUUAAACAGGAAGUUAUGAAUUGUGAGAAACUAAAAAGUUACUUCGAGGAUAACCCGCGAGACUUGAAGUCAUUGCGCCAGGACAAGACGUUGCAUACUGUGAAAUUGCAACCGCAUUUAAAAGAUGUGCCUGAAUAUAUAGUACCACCCACUUUGAAAAAAGUCAUGGGAAUGGGAAGAAGGAAAAGAAAAUUUGACAGGGAUGCUGCAUCAUCGGGAGCAACGAGUGCUAAGUCGAGACAUCUAGCUCGCGCUUCAAAUCCACUGAUAAGUUUACAGAUACUAAAUAAAUAAAUCUUUGUAGAUUAAUUUAAUCCAUAAGACCGUCAAGAUUAUAGUAUGUGUACAAUCACACAUACCUAUAUGCAAAAAUUCCACUAAAAGGAAUUUGCUUUUUCAUUUUUAAUUCUGACUUCUACUAUGCAUAUUUAUAAAAUUAAAAUAAUUAGUAAACAUAUAAACAAAUAUCUGUACAUGAUUGUAUGCAUACAAAUUUCUUGCGCAUCGACAUUUUCCAAUUACGUUGAAAUUAAUUUUUCAAGUAAACCACGAUUUGUUUUCAUUGUUGGAAUAUUUUUA